AUGGAUGAAUCUUAUUUUCCUGGAAAGUCGAAGCGCAAGUCUUCCGGUGUUUGUUAUUCACACUGCUUGCAUGUUGAAAUCUUUUAUGUUGUAAUUGAUGUGCAACUUCAAGAGCUUAAUGACCAUUUUGAUGUAGUGAGUAGCGAUUUGCUUCUCGGGAUGGCUAGCUUGAAUCCAGCCAAUUUUUUUGCUAAUUUUGAUAAAGGUAGAAUAAUGACUUUAGCAAAAUGUUACCCAAAUGAGUUUACUGAAGGCCUCGUGGAGGAUGGAAUUCCUGCAGCAGCAGAAGGUAUGACUGAUGCACAGAAGAAGAACAUUGAUGAUCAAAGAUUGAAAGACUUGAAAGCAAAUAACUUUCUGUUUCAAGCAUUAGAUCGUUCAGUCUUAGAAACAAUUCUGAAAAAGGAGACCGCAAAGGAUAUAUGGGAUCAUAUGAAGCAACAAUAUCAGGGUAAUACACGAGUUAAGAGAGCACAAUUGCAAGGUCUUCGCAAAGAGUUUGAAAUUCUGCACAUGAAAGCUGGGGAAACCGUGAAUGAGUUUUUUGCUCGAACUCUCACCGUUGCUAACAAGUUAAUAGCAAAUGGUAAAGACAAAGGAGAUGCAGGGGUCGUGGAAAAGAUCUUGAGAUCCAUGACUAUCAAGUUCAAUUAUGUUGUAUGUUCCAUUGAGGAAUCUAAGGAUACAAGCACGAUAACUAUUGAUGAGUUGCAAAGAAGUAUGCUUGUGCAUGAACAACGCAUGAGCUCUCCAGUUGCGGAUGAACAAGCCUUAAAGAUUGCUCAUGGAGAACAAUCUGGUGGAAGGGGUCGAGGUCAUGGAAGGGGAAGAGGCAGAUUUGACAAAGCUACA